GCUGUCAUCUUCCACCAUCUUCAAGCCGUCAAAAAACAUAUAAAAAACCAUUUUAUAUCCAAGCGGUAGCUUCGUCGCUUCUGUUCUUCAAAAAGUCUAUAAAGCAGUAACGACCCCUCAAAACCCAGAAAAACACAAAUAUGUCUUCUCCCGCUGUUCCCGAGGCUGCGCCUGCUCCCGAUGUUCCUGUCGCGGCUCCAGCUCCUUACAACCCUCCCGCUCCCCAGCCAUCUGCGGGAUCUACCCCCUCUGCUUCCCUCUAUGUUGGUGAGCUCGAGCCUAUCGUCACCGAGGCCAUGCUCUUCGAGAUCUUUAACAUGAUUGGUCCUGUGGCGAGCAUCCGUGUUUGCCGUGACGCCGUCACUCGUCGCUCGCUCGGCUACGCAUAUGUGAACUACUUGAACGCUGCCGAUGGCGAGUCACCCGCCAUUCACUUUAACCGUGCCUGCCGCAUCAUGUGGUCUCAGCGUGACCCUGCCUUGCGUAAGACCGGCCAAGGCAACAUCUUCAUCAAGAACCUGGAUGAAGCUAUCGAUAACAAGGUCUGCGCCCCAUUCUUAUAUAUCUCGCCCACCGACUCACAAGACCAGGCCCUCCACGAUACCUUUGCUGCUUUCGGCAACGUACUCUCCUGCAAAGUCGCCACCGAUGAGCACGGCAUGUCAAAGGGCUACGGUUUCGUGCAUUAUGAGACUGCCGAAGCCGCCGAGAGCGCUAUCAAGGCUGUCAACGGUAUGCUCUUGAACGAUAAGAAGGUCUAUGUUGGCCACCACAUCUCACGCAAAGAACGUCAAUCCAAGAUGGACGAGAUGAAGGCCCAGUUCACCAACCUUUACAUCAAGAACUUGGACCCUUCGGUCACUCAGGAAGAGUUUGAGCAGCUGUUCACGCCUUUCGGUCCUGUUACGUCCGCCAUUGUGCAGUUCGGCGAGGACGGCCAGAGCAAGGGCUUUGGAUUCGUGAACUACGAGAACCACGAAGACGCGCAGAAGGCCGUCGAUGGUUUACACGAUACCGAGCUCAACGGACGCAAGCUGUUCGUGUCUCGCGCGCAGAAAAAGGCUGAACGCGAAGAAGAGCUACGCAAGUCGUACGAGCAGGCCAAGAUGGAGAAGAUGAGCAAGUACCAAGGCGUCAACUUGUACAUCAAGAACCUGGAGGACGACGUUGACGACGAGAAGCUGCGCGCUGAAUUUGAGCCGUUCGGGACGAUCACGAGCUCGAAGGUGAUGCGCGAUGAGAAGGGCACCUCCAAAGGCUUUGGCUUUGUCUGUUUCACAUCUGCGGACGAGGCCACCAAGGCUGUGGCAGAGAUGAAUAACAAGAUGAUCGGGUCGAAGCCUCUGUAUGUCUCUCUGGCUCAGCGUCGCGAGGUGCGGCGUCAGCAGUUGGAGAGCCAGAUUGCCCAGCGCAACCAAAUCCGGAUGCAGCAGGCUGCUGCCGCUGGUAUGCCUGGUGGAUACAUGAACGGUCCGAUGUAUUACCCGCCGGGCCCUGGCUUCCCACCCCAAGGUCGCGGGAUGAUGGGCUACGGCCAGCCCAACAUGCUUCCUCCCCGGCCUCGCUAUCCUCCGAACAACGGCCAGGUCGGGGGGAUGCCGAUGCCUGCUCCCUACAAUCAGGGCCCGCCUCAGCCCUACGGCGGCGCACCUGGCAACUACCGUGGCCCCCGCCGGAACUCCCCGCCCAUGCCUAAUGCCCAGCUGCCUCGUGCCGGCGCUGCCCCUCCGGCAGGUCGUGCGGCCCCCGCCCCCGCCCCUACCCAACCACGGGCUGCUGCUCCUGCCUCCACUCCUGCAGGCCGCGGCGCUCCUGCUGCAGCUCCUGCUCCUGCCCAGCCUGGUUACAAACUCAACCCUCAGGUCCGCAACGGUGGUGCGAGUGGAACAUCCGACUUCAACUCUGCUGCAUUGGCUGCCGCAUCGCCUAUGGAGCAGAAGCAAAUGUUGGGUGAAGUGAUCUACAUGAAGAUCGCUGUGACCCAGCCGGAGCUUGCUGGUAAGAUCACAGGAAUGUUGCUCGAGAUGGACAACACGGAGUUGUUGCAUCUUCUGGAGACUCCCGAUGCCAUGGACUCCAAGGUCAACGAGGCACUCGCUGUUCUCCAAGAAUUCGUCAAGGCCGAAUAAUCGCUUUUCAUUUGGCCGUCCAUUCGUUUUUUGCUUGCCCAUGUUGUCACCAAUCAUCUGCGGUCGUCGCUGUUGUGUUUCUACUUUGAUGACGUUGUUACUUUAUGUAUUUCAGUAGAGAACAGAGAUGAUUCUUCGCUUGUAAUAUGCACCAACGCGACGCGUCAC